AUUACAAUCAAACAAUCGUCAACAUGUUCAAAUUGUGCUUUGUAGCUGCUGUUUUGGCUGUAGCCGUAGCUUCACCGGUCCCCGAAGCGAAUCCUGUACCAAAACCAGAAGCAAAACCUGAUGUCUUAGCUGCAUAUGCAGCUCCAGUUGUUGCUGCUCCUGCUCUUGCCUAUACAUCAGCGUAUACUGCUGCUCCUCUUGCCUACUCUAAUUAUAUUUAUCCAGGUGCUUAUCCCGUCUACUCGCCCUAUACUGGAUCAUAUGUUGUGUACUAAUGUGAAAUAUACUAAUAAAUUGGUUCGUAUUAAUGUAUUCCUUUGAAUAA